GUGUUUUUGACUAAAUCAUCUCUCCUCCACUCACUAUCUCUCUCCAAUAUAAAAGAAGAAACCCAUUUUUCCAGGAACCACACUAGUCCUCUCUGUACACCUAAUUCUUUAUUUUCUCUGUGUAGUCAAAGAAAACUAAAUCAAGAAAACAGAAGAAAUGGGUUCAACAAGCCCAUUUAAAGAUCAUCAUCACCACCAGCAACAACAAUCAUAUCCAAUCACAAAAAAGCUGUUACCUUGGGCAUUGUAUGCUCUUCUUCCUUUAGCUAUCUUUAGAUUAUAUUUACACCCUCUUGAUUUGUUUUCUGAAAAUGAAGUAAUAACUAAAGAUCUUCAAAGUAAACCCAUCAUCGUCAGCACAGCUCCUAAACAUGUAGAAGAAGUGAGGAAUGAUUGUGAUUAUAGUAAUGGAGAAUGGGUUGAAGAUAAGAUGGGUCCUUUAUACAAUGGCACUUCCUGUGGUACAAUCAAAGAUGGUCAGAACUGUAUGGGUCAUGGUAGACCAGAUUCAGGUUAUCUAUAUUGGAGAUGGAAGCCUAGUCAAUGCCAAUUACCAAGGUUUGAACCAACAAAAUUCCUUAGUUUACUUGAAAAUAAGCAUCUAGCUUUUGUUGGUGAUUCAAUGGCUAGAAACCAAUUGGAAUCUCUACUUUGCUUACUUUCUAGUGUGUCACCUCCUGAUCUUGUCUAUACAAAUGGUGAGGAUAAUAAGUUUAGAAGAUGGCAUUUUCCUUCACACAAUGUGAAUGUAUCAGUUUAUUGGUCACCAUUUCUUGUUAAGGGGAUUGAGAAAUCAAACACUGGUUUUAAUUUUAACAAAUUGUUCUUGGAUUCCGUUGAUAAUCGAUGGGCAUUAGAUCUGGAACAAAUCGAUAUGCUAGUUUUGUCGGUGGGUCAUUGGUUCCUUCAUCCGGCGGUUUAUUAUGAGCAUGAUUCGGUUCUUGGUUGUCAUGCCUGUGAAGGUCUAAACCAUACUGAGAUUGGAUUUUUCGACGUGUUAAGGAAAGCUGUAAAGACCACCCUCAAGGCCAUAACUGAUAAGAGUAUUACGGACGGAAACGAGAUUGAUGUAAUUCUUACGACAUUUUCGCCUGCGCAUUUUGAAGGCGAAUGGGAUAAAAAUGGGGCUUGCUCUAGAGAGAAGCCAUUUGAGGAAGGAGAAAAGGCUUUGGAGGGAAUGGAUGCUGAUAUGAGGAACAUUGAGGUGGAAGAGAUUGAGGAAGCAAAGAACAAGGUAAUCCAAGUAGACAGAUUAAGGAUCGAAGCACUGGAUGUGACGAAGAUGGCAUUAAUGAGACCGGACGGACACCCGGGUCCUUAUAUGUACCCAAAUCCGUUUGCCGACGGAGUUAAGGAUCGCGUACAAAAUGAUUGUGUUCAUUGGUGCUUACCUGGACCUAUUGAUACAUGGAAUGAGAUAUUGCUACAAGUUGUGAGACAGUGGGAAGCUGAAUCAAUGAAGAGAAGAGGUUGAGGGGUAAUCUUUGCUACUAGCUAGGUGAAUUAAUACUGUUCCGAAGAGUUACAAUCAUAAUUAUAAAGUAUUAAAUUUUUGUUGUAUAAGAUUUAGUUUAGUUCAAUGUAAAAGCCAUUUGAAAUUAUGUUGCAGAAUAAAAAUAAAUUUAUAGCUCCAGUGAAGUAAGCUCGAUUAGCUCACUUAUGUAAUAAUCUUUUGGUUUUCUUUUUAUUUCGUUCCAAGAUUAGGAAACAUGGUAGCAGAUACUUUAACAAAAA